AUGGCAGCAGGCAACCAGGACGAGGUGCCGGCGACCCCGGCAGCCUCAGCGAACAAUGGGAACGAUUCGACCACCAAAGAAGAGCCACCCGAGUCCAAGUCCGCCUCACCCGCGCCCGCACCCGCUUCAACUGCAAGCCCAACUCCAGCUCCACCACCUGCCUCCGCCGCAUCGACCAUGGCUGUCGAGUACGAUGAUUUCGGCCUGCCCAUCAAAAAGAACCCACAGGUCGAAUACGAAGAGGAGGAAGCCGACACGGUGCAAGACACCACAGCGCAGCCGGAACGCCGCAAUCGGAGUGCCAGCAGGACUUCGUAUCGGACGAGAGCCAAUGGCAGCAUGCACAGAAAGACAAGCUCGACCGCCUCAACAAGGUCGCGGAAAAGCGCACACGAGGUAGCGGACGAGAGCAGUAGCGGGGAGGACGAAUUCAAGGAUGCCCAGUCUGCGCCCCGGCUGGCGGAAGCUGCGGAUUCUGAAGAAGCGCCUCAGGCUAAUGGGCCACCAGCAAGUAAUGUCAAGACAGAGUCAGAGAAAACCUCUCCGCCAGAAGAGAAGGUUGCAGGCAAUGGUGAACGAAAGGAUGUUACGGAAAAGCAGGAGGCGCCAACACCAGCUGCGCCAGAGCCCAAGAACGUGGGGAAGGAGGCCGAGAAAGAGAACGAAGUCAACGGCCACACGAACGACGUGGGGCAGAAGGAUGCGCCAGAAGCCCAUAGUAAGCGCGAGUCAACCGUGGUCAACACCGCCGCCGACGCCAGUGGCAUCCAGAUCUCCGAAUACUCUCACCUGCAGUUGACGACACAAAAGAAGGAGGAUGACAAGGACGAAGACGGUGGCUGGCAGACCAUGCCGGCCUACGCGCCUUACGAUAUAUACGAUGAUGACAACAGGCUAAUUGCGAAGGAGCACAAUAUUGAAGAAGCGGACGAAGAGAAUUACAGCUACGCGGGGAUGGGAGGAGCUGGAAAGGGGUAUACGAGGGUCUUGGUGGAUGAGGACGAUGCCGAGUCUGCGACCAGCAUGGACGACAAUACAAAUUAUCUGUUUAAGAAUACCGCCGGGACGAGUAUGAUGGACGACGAGGAGACAAGGGACGCCGUCUCACAGAUGCAGGCCACGAAGGAUCUCUUGACUGAGGGCCAGAAAAUUGCAUAUGUCGGCUUGACAAGGAUAGAGCUUUCACAUAUGGUCAAGAUGCUAGAGAAAGCACCGUGGACCAAAGCUACCAAGAAAAUGGGCCAGCUGGCAACGGAGGCAACCAAGAUGUGGUCCCAAAAGAUCAUGAUCCGCCUCUAUACUCACAUGGACAUCAGCGCAGCUGAGCAGAUCAUGAUCGAGCAGCUGAGCGAGCACGGCGUCAUCUCCAGCGACCUAACGCCUCAGCUCAUGGCUAACGCCAGGGUCAAGAACCCUAUGGCGGCACGGAAAAGCUCAACAUCAAGCUCGCGACCCUCGGUGGCAUCUCCCAGACUUUCGGUCACGUCGCCAAGAUCAUCGAGCGAUGAGGCCCCAGCUGAACCACCUCCGGCCUACGACAAACAUGAGGGCGAGGAGUUGCCCGCAGUGCGAACUCCGAGUCAGCUGCCAAGCAGCGAAAAGCUGGAUAUAGACAUCCGGUGGACCAUAUUAUGCGAUCUGUUUCUAGUACUAAUUGCGGACUCCAUAUAUGACGCGAGGUCGAGGGUCCUCUUUGAGAGGAUCGGAAAGGCCCUGGAGAUAGAUUGGAUCGACAUCUGUCGCUUCGAGAAGAAGGUGACGGAGGCUCUUGAGAUGCAACAACAAGCAGAAAGAGAAAACUGGAAUGAAGACGAACACAUGGAGAGCCGUCGUAAGCUGGCCCUGAAGAAGCGAUACAUAGCCAUGGGCCUGGCAACCGUUGGCGGCGGUCUGGUCAUUGGCCUGUCCGCGGGCCUCCUGGCCCCUGUCAUUGGCGCUGGUUUGGCGGCGGGCUUCACGACAAUCGGCGUUACGGGAACCAGCAGUUUCCUCGCUGGAACAGCAGGCGCCGCCAUCAUCACAUCCGGCUCGGCGGCUGCGGGCAGUGUCAUCGGAGCUAAAGCCGCCAACCGGAGGACGGGCGCCGUGAAGACAUUCGAGUAUCGGCCACUGCACAACAAUAAACGGGUCAAUCUCAUCGUCACAAUAUCGGGCUGGAUGACAGGUAAGGUCGAUGACGUCCGCUUGCCAUUCAGUACCGUCGACCCGGUGAUGGGUGACAUAUACUCCGUCCUGUGGGAGCCUGAUAUGCUGACCAGCAUGGGUGACACUAUCAACAUCCUGGCUACUGAGGCUCUCACACAAGGUCUGCAACAAGUGCUUGGUAGUACUAUCCUUGUGAGUUUGAUGGCAGCACUGCAGCUGCCUGUCGUUUUGACGAAGCUGUCCUACCUAAUUGACAACCCGUGGUCCGUGUCGCUCGAUCGAGCUUGGGCCGCUGGUCUGAUUCUGGCGGACUCGCUUAUCGAACGAAAUCUGGGAACACGACCCAUCACUCUUGUGGGCUACUCUCUUGGCGCCAGGGUCAUAUUCUCCUGUCUGCUCGAGUUGGCUCGCAAAGGCGCAUUCGGAAUUAUUCAAAACGUCUAUAUGUUCGGCUCACCCAUCGUGGUGAAGCAAGAGGAGUAUCUGAGAGUCAGAAGCGUGGUGCCCGGCCGCUUUAUCAAUGGAUAUCACCGCAACGACUGGAUCCUUGGGUACCUCUUCCGACUGACGAACGGCGGUAUUCGUACUGUUGCGGGUCUGGCUCCCAUCGAGGGCAUCCCAGACCUGGAGAACGUCGACACCUCGGAGCUUGUCAAUGGUCACAUGGAUUAUCGUAGGGCCAUGCCCCGUCUCCUUCGAGAAGUAGGCUGGACGGUCGAGAGUGACGAAUUCACCGAGAUUGAGGACCCGGACCCGGAGAACCACAAUCAAAGACAACGUGAGUUGAUCAACGAGAUAGAGGAGGCAAGAAAGGAGCUUGAGAAAGAAGGGGCGGCCAACAGCAAGACUACCCGCAAAAGCGGAGCGUUUGGUGGCUUCUUCAGUCGCAAGAAGAAGGCGGAAAAGGCCGAGUGGGAGGUGUAUGAGGACUCGGCGAAGGCCGCCGCGAACGGGACCAGUUCUUCGGGGCUAGAAGACAAGCAGGGGAACAACCAUGGAGUGCUGUUCGACGUCGAUGCGAUCCGCGCCGAGCUGGCAAAGACACAGGAGGAGGAAGCGUUCCCUGUGCGGGAGCUACAGUCGACGCUGCCUCCGAUGAAACUGCCGAGUCCGGGCCUGGCCUCGAGCACAAGCCCGAGAGACUCGUUGACACACACGAGGAGCAUGGACGCCUACACAGCCUGGGGUUCUUCAAAUUCCUCAACCCCGGAACAAAUCCGACCUCCUCGCAGGGACGAUGAGAUCCAAAUGACAUUUGACACAUCCUUCGACGACCCUCCCCGGUCGCAGCGGAGCCAGACUUUCUCCAGCAACGCGUCGGAUAGCGUGUCCAGGCCCGGGCUCAAGCCAACACAGACGGUGCCGAACAUAGCGACGGCGAACCCGUGGGCAGUCGACCCAGAUGACGAUGAUUUUGGCAAAGAGAAGGAUGAGAUUUCAAUGACUUUUGCCUAG